CACUAUAAUAGCAAAAACAUUUAAUAAAAAAGACAAAAACAUCUAUUUUGAUGAUGAUUUACCAAAUUAUGAAUAUCUUGAUCCUGAUAAUGAUUAUGCUCUUCUUGAUGAAGAAAGUAUUACUGAUUCUGCUAAUGAAAAAUUUGAACCUGGCACACCAAAUACUAACACAACUACUACAAGUGAAAAUAUUGAUGACAAUAUAAUUGCUAAUGAGAAUGCUGAUGAAAAUAUUGUAAUUCCUGAUAAUUAUCUUAUACAAGAUUAUAUACAAACAAUGUCAAAUAUAGAAACAGAAAACUUUACAGAUAUUGAUUGGUUGUCAAGCGAAUUAGAUGAUUCAGAAUCUUUGUUAAGUAAUAUAUCAACAACUGACAAUGAUGCUAUAGAUUAUCAAAUUGAUGAUACUACUGCUGGUGCUAAUUAUAGUAACAAACAAUGUAUAAUUACUGAAAUAAUUGAUGCUCGACCAUUAAAGCAAAUGAUGGGUAUUUGGGAGUUAGAUUUUAAUACAGUUGAUGAAGUUUUAAAACAAAGUAAUCAUACUUCUACCUUACAAUUUUUAGGUGAUGGAUUACAUAUAAGAGGAUCAAAAAGUAGUACUUCAAUUGGAAAAAGUAUGAUUCAUAAAAGAAGAUGUUUGUUUUGUUAUAAUAGGUGCUAUUAUUUUAGUAGAGGCGAUAGAUGUUCAUUUCAUUUAUGGUCAAUUAUGGAUCGUAAUAUACAUUAUCCAUGCUGUGGUGUAAAAGUAUGUCCAGUUUUUGAAAAAAAACAAUUUAUUCAAUUAUCAACUAGAAGAGGAGCUGCAUUAUUUAAUUGUAAUAAUGAACAUAUUAAUGAUAAAGCAAAAUCGUUAGAACUUUUAGGUCAGUGGAUAUUUAGAAUAGCAAAUUUAUCAGAUGAAAUUAUGCAAAGUAUACUAAUUGAAGAAUUGUGGCAAGUAAUACAUAAUAGCUAUUUACGAAAAAAAAAAUAUUCCAAAGAUUCUAAAGAAUAUAAUAAGACUGAUGAAACUUUAGAUAAUAAAGUUAACAGAACUUCUGAUACUAAAGAAUAUGAUAAAGAUGAUAAAACUCUAAAACCACCUAAUCCUAAAAAGUUUGGUGAAGCAUUGGCACAUAUACUUUGGAAUUCACGUUCAUUUGUUAGAGAAAACAAAAGUGAUUUAGAAAAUCCUAAUACAUUAAACUCAUAUAGAAAUGCAUUUCCACCUGUUAUAAAAGAUUCUCUUUGCCAAAAGCCAAAUAUGCAAUCAUCACUUUAUGCUAUUUUGUGUAUGGCAAAUGUAGUUGCUCAUUCAGCACAAUAUGAAAGAAAAAUUGAAAAAGAUAGACGAAUUUGCUAUGAUCCUAAAGAACAAACAGCCCAUGUAACUUUACGAAUAAACUUUCAAUAUAUAUUUCUUAAGCCACUUACUGAAAUUAUUGCUUGUGCAUCAUUAUUUGUAGAAGAACAAUUAGCAAAAUUCAAUCAAAUUAUUGAGUCAUUUGUUAAUUAUAAUUAUGAAAAUUUUGAAACUAAAGAUAUUUUAACAGAAAUCCGAAAUAAUAUUAAUAGUAGGUGUAUUUUAUCACCGCCAGAAGUUGUAAUUCUAAAGCCAGAGGAUAAUUCAAAUUGUGACAAAAACGUACAUGAAGCAGUAUUAAUAUACUAUGAUGAUGUAGAAGUUGGACCGCUAGGUUUAACAAUUUGUGCAGAUGAAGCUAUUUUUAGACCAACUAGAUGUCCAAAUUAUUCACAAUCAGUUACAUUUUAUAUACAUUAUAUAUUAAAAAAUCCUUCUUUACAUUCUAUAUUAAACUAUAUUGGCUCUGUUAAUCUUACACGACCAGGCCAUUAUUUUGCACAUGAUGAAGGAAUAGAACGUUUGGGUGUUAAAUAUGUAAAAGAAAAUAUUGGACAAUAUCUGGAAAAUGAAUAUUUAAAAGCACAAAUAUCUUUUAUGCAAUGUGAAAAGGAUAGACUAUAUCAUGCAAUUAGUGAAUAUAUAGGAGAUAAUUUUAUUUAUCCUACUGAUCGUAAUAUAAAAUCUAGGAAUGAAUUUUUAUGGAUGCUAAUUAAUCUUCUUGAAGAAUUAUUUGAAUCUUCAAACCCAACCCAGCAUGAUUUGCUUAAAAAUACAACUCAAAAUACUAGUGAAGGAUUUAAAAAUUUGUUUAAUUGUUAUGAGAUAGGAAAAAAUCACAUGCAUUCAAUAUAUAAACAGGAUAUAACAAAGACAGAGAAACGUACAACAAAAGGACGUCAAGCUAGUAAUGUUGUUAUAGAACAUUCUAGCAACUAUAAAAAACAAGAAUCAGAACGUCUUACAAAAAGAGCAAAAACAAAUACAACCACUUUACCUAAUAUAAAUGCAACUACUUCAUCGAAUAUAAUUAAUUCAUCAUCACUUCAACCAAAUGAAGAGGAAUGCUAUUUACAAUAA